AUGGCCAAGGACGAGCAAGCGGCCGCGAAGUCAACGGUGGUGCCUCCGACCCACAAGCUGACCCCGGAGCUACAGAAACUGGUUGACCGGGAGGAAGAGUUGCUGGAUCAGCUCUAUGAGGGCAACUAUCGAUACUCUGCCUAUGCGGCUCGGGUUCGCACUCUGCUUCUCUCCGCACACCGUUACGUCGCAUACACGUCGGACAUUGGAGAGUCGUUCCGGCCGGUAGCUCACCCGUGGCUGGUCAAAGGCGCAUACGGUGUCUCGUGGGCUUAUAUCUUCGGCGACGUCGCCAAUGAAGGGUACAAGGCGUAUCUACGGAAUCAGCGGAUACUGGCUCCAAAGAGUGAUGCGUUUCGAAAGGCGACUGAGGUGAUUGAGGCUGGGGAUGUUAACCUGAAGAGUAGUGCUGACAGGGAGGCGUUGGAAGAGCAUUUUGUGAACAAGACUGCUCUUAAGGAUAUUGAGGAGAGGACGUUGACCUCGACGGCGUCUAGAAAGCAUCCUAUGCCAUGGAAGGACCCGGAGGCAGAUACCAUGUCACCAUGGCCGACUGUGAAGAUUCCCCUGAGCGAAGAUUACCGCUCCGUCAUGGCCGAGAGAGCUGUGUUCCAAUCAAUUGCCAGUAUGGGAUUGCCCGCAUUCACAAUCCACUCCGUCGUCCGGUAUUCUGGACGGGCAAUGAAGAAUAUGAAGAGUGUGUUCCUUAGAACCUGGGCGCCUAUCGGUCUCGGACUUGCCGUUGUUCCAGCCCUCCCUUACCUUUUCGAUAAACCAGUUGAACAUGCGGUUCAGUGGGCAUUCCACAACGGUUUCCUCUUCCUUGGUGGGCCCGAUGCAGUCCUUCACCACCCUCCAACCCAAGAAGCGCUCGCGGAGGCCUUCCAUGCCGCCCAGGAGGUAAGGCAACAGCGAAAGGCGGAGCGUGAGCGCCGAAGGGAAGAACGACGCCUCAGGCGCGAGAAGACGGAAUAA